AUGUCUGCCUUCUCCCCGCACGUCUCACCUCAGCAGCCACAUCCGGCGAAUUUUCCGACCUCGUGGGGUGGCGACCAACAUGGCAUGAUGCUUCAGAUGGGGCUGCAGUAUGGUCAGAGCAUGCUUCAGGGAGGCGAGAAGCGGUUUAUGCAACACUUGCCUGUCAUUUCCAAUGUUCACCGCUAUUUCCGUGUGGAUAAUAAUUAUGUAAAGAAAAAGCUGUCAAUUCUACUCUUCCCCUUCACUCGACGAUUUGAGAGCUUUCCACAUGGAUCCGGCGCGGAGCAGGAGGGCAAUGGAGGAGCUACGGGCUUUGGGGGAGAUGCAGUGCCCUAUUCACCCGCCUCAACUGUGGGUCGUCCGUAUCCAACUACACUGGCCGCCUUACCCAUAAAUGACGUGUACGCAUUAGACCUUUAUCUGCCUCUCAUGGGUGCCAUCACGUACAUCAUCCUUUCUGGAUUUGUGCAUGGACUGCAUCACUACCGCGUGACGAAUGAAGAACUCUUGGGUAUUGCUUCAGCAGUAGUAUUCUGGUUUUUGGUUGAGGUUUUUGCACUCAAAAUGGCAAGCUAUAUCUUUAGACUUGUGCCAGAAAUGAAGGUUUUGGACCUGAUGGCUUUGACUGGAUACAAGUAUCUUACGGUGUCCAUUAUUGUGUUUUUGCGGGAACUCCUACAGUUUGAAAGUGAUCCCUACUAUGUAGGUUUUAUGGUGUCCUAUAUCUUGUUUGCCAACGGCGUUUUUGUGAUUAAGAAUAUAACGCGAAUGUAUGCAUGCGAAGGACGGACCCCGUCAAACGCGAGGCUGCUGGCGUACGGUGCCGCAUUUCUGCAGGCACCGCUUGUGCUGUGGUUGGCAGUCAGGCCAUUUUGGUAA